CCAUCCCGUCUUCAACUGCGUUAUCGCUGGCUUGUACAUCGUCAACCCCUCUUCCAAGAGCUAGUAAAGAGUAUGUCUACACCAAACAAGCCCACCGCUAAAGCGAUAUACCCUCUGCCACUCAGCUCGACCCUCCACGACCUUGCUCUCCUCCGUGCCUCGGAUCUCGACCUUGCCUCGCUUCUUCCUACUGCUCCUGUCUCAAGCUCCGGUGGAAAAGAACACAAUGUGACCGAUCCUGCCGUAGACGAGAGCGUCAAGCGCUCCUUGGAGUUUUCGCGUGAGGCACGCGCCGCCCUGAAGCUCCUUUACUCCGAUGCCGUUGACCGCGAAGGAGCGAGAGUAGACGAGGUGCGAGAGAAGCUCGAAGACGUCAUGAAGGGUCUAGAUGGCAACGGCGAAGAGGAGUAAUCCAGGGUCGUGUAUGUGUUCGAUGAGUACUGGGGCUGCUCUUAUAACGCAAUUCAUACGAGUUGCCGUCUCGGCGACCUCUGUUGUCAUAGGAUUGCGUGUUUGCCACUUCGAGACGAAUGAACGGAGCCAGGAGGCUAUCACCGACGUCAGCGUGAGCACCCACCUCUCCGAGAGCUUGCUCUUCUAGCCGCGUCGUCAGCUUCUCCAUCACCACUACUACCUGUUCGCUUUGGCGACGACCAUGAUCCUUUGUGCACGAAUCAAACACGAGUGGAGCUCCUUGGCACGAAAAGCAUUCCCUACAACCCCACACACCUGACGUCAUCCAGCCAAGUCAGAGGAUAUAUAGCAGCGCGAUCUGCAUCCCAUUACCCUCACAAUUCACGACUAAACCAACUCAACCAACUUUCAAUUCACAAUUCAC